AUGAAGUACUCUAUCGUUUCUGCUCUGGCGCUUGCCGCUUCCUCGGUCAACGCCCAUGCCAUCAUGCAGCGUAUCAUGGUCGACGGUGUUGACCAAGGCUCCCUGACUGGCAUCCGUUCUCCACCCACCAACAACCCCGUCCAAGACGUCACCUCCACCGACCUCCUCUGCGGUGCCAGCGCCGGCACUUCCUCCAAGCUCAUCACCAUCCCCGCCGGUGCCGCCGUCGCAGGCGCCUGGGCCCACGUUCUCGGUGGCCCUCAAGGCCAGUCUGACAGCGACAACCCCAUUGCCUCUUCCCACAAGGGUCCUACCCAGGUCUACCUCGCCAAAGUCGACGAUGCCGUUUCCGCUGCUGCCACCGGCCUCAAGUGGUUCAAGAUUGCCAGCGACGCUGUGACUUCGUCCGGCGUCUGGGGCGUCGACGACAUGAUCAAGAACACCGACUCCAACGGCUUUGGCUGGCAGAAAUUCACCAUGCCCAGCUGCAUUGCGCCUGGCCAGUACCUCAUGCGUGUUGAGCUGCUUGCCUUGCACUCUGCUAGCUCUGAGGGAGGUGCCCAGUUCUACCAGUCGUGUGCGCAGAUCAAAGUUACGGGCUCUGGCUCCUUCUCGCCUGCGUCGUCGGCUGAGAUCUCGCUGCCUGGUGGUUACUCGGCUACUGACCCUGGUAUCCUUGCCAACAUCUACGAUACCUCCAUCUACACUUCGUACAAGGCUCCUGGACCUGCAGUCAUCAGCUGUGGCGCCGGCGGUGCAGCCUCUGUGUCAUCUAACAAGCCCACCACUUCUACUGUUGUGACAUCCAAGGUGGCUGUUACCACGUCUGCUGUUGUGUCGUCAAAGGUGGCUGUUACCACGUCUGCUGCUCCUGUGACUACCAAGCCUGCUACCACUUUGUCGACUGUUGUCAAGACUACCGAGGCUGCUGCUCCUGCUACUUCUGCUGCUUCGGGCUCUGGUUCAGGCACUGCUGCUAAGUAUGGUCAGUGUGGUGGUAAUGGAUGGACUGGAGCUACUACCUGCGCCUCGGGAUCUACUUGCAAGGUCCAGAAUGUUUGGUACUCGCAGUGCGUUUGA